AUGGGGACUCGAAUCCCUUCGCAUCAGUUAAGCAGUGGACUGUAUGUUUCGGGUCGACCCGAACAGCCGAAGGAGCGGUUACCGACAAUGUCGUCGCGUUCUGUUCCGUACACAGGCGGUGACCCGAAGAAAUCUGGCGAGCUCGGUAAAAUGCUUGAUAUCCCUGGAUUGGAUCCUAAAUCUUCGAAUCCGUCUUCUUCCUCUCAGCACAACAGUGGUCAGGUGAGAUCCAGACCGAAUUCGGGUCCAAUGGGGAGGAAUAGCGGUUCGGGUCAAAUUGGAAGGAAUAGCGGUUCGGGUAAUAUGUCAAGGAAGUCCACGGGCUCUGGACCGAUAGCGUUGCAGCCGACUGGGUUAAUUACGUCGGGACCAGUGGGAUCCGGUCCGAUUAAUGUGAGUAGGCGGUCGGGUCAGCUGGAGCAACCCGGUUCGGUUGGAGCAGGGAAAGCGGUUUAUGGUUCGGCGGUGACGAGUUUGGGUGAUGAAGUGAAAGUUGGGUUUAGGGUUUCGAGGGCGGUGGUGUGGAUUUUUAUGGUGGUGGUUGCAAUGUGUUUGCUUGUUGGAGUGUUUUUGAUGGUGGCUGUGAAGAAACCGGUGAUCUUGUUUGCACUUGGAGGGAUUAUUGUGCCUGUUGUUGUUUUGAUUACUUGGAAUUGUGUUUGGGGAAGAAAAGGGCUUUUAGGGUUUGUUAAAAGGUAUCCUGAUGCUGAACUUAGAGGUGCCACUGAUGGACAGUAUGUUAAGGUUACUGGGGUUGUAACUUGUGGCAGUAUUCCUUUGGAGUCAUCUUAUCAAAGAGUAUCUAGAUGUGUAUAUGUCUCCACAGAAUUAUAUGAAUAUAAAGGAUGGGGUGGAAAAUCAGCGAAUUCUAAACAUCGUUGCCUUACUUGGGGUUCUAGAUACUCUGAGAAAUACAUAGCAGACUUCUACAUAUCAGAUUUCCAGACCGGGUUAAGAGCAUUAGUGAAAGCAGGCUAUGGUGCCAAAGUUGCUCCUUUCGUGGAACCCACUACUGUCGUUGAUGUUACAAAGGAGAACAGAGAGUUAUCUCCAAACUUCUUAGGCUGGCUUGCCGACCGCAAACUCUCUACUGAUGACCGAAUAAUGCGCCUCAAGGAAGGGUACGUCAAAGAAGGAAGCACAGUAAGUGUGAUGGGAGUAGUCCGUCGACACGAGAACGUGCUCAUGAUUGUUCCUCCAACAGAGCCUGCCUCAACUGGUUGUCAAUGGAGCCGCUGCCUUUUGCCAACCAACGUUGAAGGUCUUAUCAUGACAUGUGAGGACAACCAAAAUGCGGAUGUCAUUGCUGUUUAG